AGAUAAUUAAGUACUGCAAGACAGAUUUAACGAUAGAUUUUGUCUUUGAGUGUCUGCCUAUUUUUAUUAUUAGUAUCAGUGCAAUACAGCAAUACGUGAUGUGUAUAGUAAUUAACGACAAACUAAAGGGUUUAUUGGAACAAAUUAAAAUCGACUGGAAAUGCGCGAGAUCUCAAGAUGAGAUUAACAUUAUGCAAAUAAAUACGACAAACGUGAAGAAAGCGACAAAAAUGUUUUUGGUUUACAUAUUAGUGAGUCUAAAUAUAUACAUGCUUAUCAACUUCAUGCCUCAAAUUCUCGAUGUAUUUAUGCCGCUGAAUGAAUCUCGUCCAUGGAGGCAUCCGAUUCAGAUCGAACUUUUCCUCGAUGACGAAAGAUAUUUUUACACUGUCAGACUUUUACAGUAUAUUGGUACGACGUACACAGCGGUAUUUCUUUUUGCCAACGGUACUAUGUUCAUCAUUAAUACGCAGCAUGCCAGUGGAAUGCUUGCUAUACUGGGGCAUCGUGCAGAGCAGUUAUUCAAUGAUAAGCAAAAGUUGUUCAAAAGCCAAUUCAACUGGGAAAAGGAUUAUAAAAAUAUAAGUAUUUUUGUCGAAGAUCACCGUAGCACUUUACAGUUUGUGGCCAUUAUUCAAUCGUGUUACAGUCUGAAGAUGUUUCUUGAAUUUUUCAAUUUAAUGUUUCUGUUAGGCACCACACUGGUACAAAUAAUUAAAUUCAAACAAUCGGAGCGACUUAGAGCCAUAUUUUAUGUCUGUGCACAAAUAAUUUACAUGUUUAUGUGCAGCUAUAUGGGCCAACAAUUAAUUGAUAAGGGCACACAACUGUUCAUGAAAAUAUAUUUUUCAAGAUGGCACAGUACAGUUGUAUGGAAACAAAGGAUGAUAAUAUUUAUUAUGUUAAAAUGUAUGCGUAUGAUUACCAUUAACAUGUACAAUACUUUCAUUAUAAGUUUACAGACUGUUUCGGGGGUAAGCAAAAAAGAAAUUAAUAUUAAAUUAAAUUUAUAAUGUUUUUCUUCUAUUAUAAAUUCUGUUUUAAGAUCUUGCAGUUCGCCAUGUCGUUUUGUAUGGUGCUAAACCGCAUAUAAAAUACUGUAUCUAUGAACAAUUUGAGAAAAUAUGUUUUUGGAUUAGAUUGUAUGAAAUUAUCGUGAAAUACAUUUUUGUGUGAAUCAGCUAUCGUUUCUGUGUUUCCAUUUUAAUCAAAUACGCACACGUGAAAUAAUUGUCGACAUUUAAAAGCCAACCUUUCUCCUAUAUACAUGUAAUCUUAUUUUUGCUAUCACAAAAACCGCCAGUAAAAUGUUUUCCUUUACAUUUACAUUUCUGGUAAUUACAAUAGAUUUGGAGAGAACGAUCAUUGGAGAGAACGAAAUGUAGUAAAAAAAAAGACAGAAGUUUUUACAAUUUUUGCGAGAUAAAAGAUUUUCUUAUUAAAUGAGACAAUAAAAAUCAAAACACAAUAUAAUUGUAUGCUUACUCUACGUAAUAAGAUCCUCGACAGAUAUUUUUCCAAAUGUAAGCUUUGUUUUUCAUAAAUCUCUUUGUUGUCAUUUUUCGAAAUAUUAAGAUUACAAAUCAUAUUUAUCUCGUGCAAGAAAAGAUAGAAUAGGAUGUAGUGGUUUCAUUUGAUUUAUAAGUAUCACAUCUUAAAGUUCUCAUUUUCAUGUUUAGUUUCAAGUUAGUUAAAAGAAGACGCGUUAAUAGUCAGUGUUCUAUAAGUCUCUAAAUAAAGUUUCCAAAAGAGCACUUUCAACAUGUGUUACUUCACUUUUUCCAUAAGAAGAAAAUAGCUGCGGAUAGUUACAGAAAGCUUGUCAAAACUUACGGAGAAUCUUCUCCGAUCAUCGAUUAAAAUUUGUGAAUAUUGGUUCAGACGCUUUAAGAAUGGUGAUUUCGAUAUCGGUGAUAAAGAACGCUCAGAACAGCUAAAAUCAUUCCAUCGCCACGGUAUCUAUCUCAGAUAAAUGGGUAAAAGUCGUAAAAAAAAAAAAAAAA